GUGCGUUUCGUUUCCGGCGGUACAGACAUUAAAGCUGGAUACUUCGCUCACGCGCGGGCUUUUUUUCUGAGUGCUGUCAUCCUGGUCCAUCCUCAGCUGUGCUAAAACGCUCCUGGCUCCGGUUAAACAUGUCGUCAUCGUAUGCUGCUGCAAUGUCAGCCCUGCUUACAAGCAGUUCUUCUAAUCCCCCCGUCAAACCCAGCCCUCAGCCCUCCCCAGACCCCGGACCGCAGAGUCCUAAACCCAGCAAGGACCCUCCAGCUGUGCAGAGCAAUUCUCAUCCACCGGAGUCUUUGGUGUCUGAUGAGGAGCAAGAGGAGAAUCCUUCAGACUACGACAUCGGUGGUUACUACCCUGUCGAGAUUGGAGAAAUUUUUGUUGACCGUUACCAAGUGGUGAAAAAGUUGGGAUGGGGUCAUUUCUCUACCGUAUGGCUCUGCUGGGAUAUGGUGAAGGGGCAUUUUGUGGCUUUGAAGGUGGUAAAGAGUGCUCAGACAUUCACAGAGACGGCACUGGAUGAGAUCAAGCUACUGAAAUGUGUUAGAGACAGCGACCCCAAAGAUCUGAAACGUGAGAGAAUUGUGCACCUCAUUGAUGACUUCAGGGUGUCUGGAGUGAAUGGACAGCAUGUGUGCAUGGUUCUGGAGGUUCUCGGACACCAGCUUUUAAGAUGGAUCAUUAAAUCCAACUACACAGGCCUGCCACUGCCCUGCGUGAGGAGCAUCAUCAGACAGGUUCUGGAGGGUUUAGACUACUUGCACACUAAAUGCAAGAUUAUCCACACAGACAUCAAGCCAGAAAACAUCCUGCUGAGGGUGGAUGAGGCUUAUAUUGAAAAGCUUGCGGCAAACACCAAGCUGUGGCAGCUCCCUGCGCCCCCUGCCUUCCCCAGCUCCCCAGUGAACCGAGGCUCCAGACAGAAGCAGAGUUUGUCCAACUUAUUGGGGAAGCUGACUGGGGUUUUCCACACUAUUGGGGACUGGUCGAGCAAAGUCUCCAAGAGUCCGAUCAAGCGGUUGACGGGCAAAGACAGAAGUCGGCGUAGGCAGGAGAGCGUGGCUGAGCCAAAACAGGUGUCGUUUUCUGAUGUCGCUGCUCCCGGGAGCACCCGCAGCUUCACACGCCGGACCAAGAACACAGGUCCCGACCUCCAGCUAAGGAGACAGACUCUGCUGCUGGAAGACCGACGUGACUCGACUCUGCUCAGCCACAGAGGCUCUGUCUGCUCGUGGUCCGACUUCAGCACAGAUGCUCCUGUCUCUGGAUCCAGGUCAGCAUUAUUAAACCAGACAGCAAACAAGGACCCUCCUCCACCUUCACCAUCCACCCCUCAUGUUGGCGGAGACUCGGAUGUCCCUCUGGACCUACUGAAGCCUCAAAAUGCUGAACAAAUCCUCAUCAAGAUUGCUGACCUGGGAAAUGCCUGCUGGGUGCACAAACACUUCACCGAAGACAUCCAGACGUGUCAGUAUCGCUCCGUAGAGGUCCUGAUUGGUGCCGACUACAACACCCCGGCUGACAUCUGGAGCACCGCCUGCAUGGCUUUUGAGCUGGCCACAGGGGACUACUUGUUUGACCCCCAGUCAGGAGCAACAUUUUCCCGUGAAGAAGAUCACAUUGCUCACAUCAUCGAGCUGCUGGGACCUCUUCCUUCCAAAUUCGCCCUCUCGGGGAGAAAUUCCAAACAAUACUUCAACCACAAAGGACAUCUGCGACACAUCUCCAAGCUAAAACCAUGGAGCCUGUUUGAGAUCCUGCUGGAUAAGUAUGAGUGGCAGCGAGAGGAGGCGCUCCAGUUCAGUUCCUUUCUCUUGACCAUGCUGGAGCUGCUGCCAGAGAAAAGAGCCACAGCUGCCCAGUGUCUGAAACACCCCUGGAUUGCUUCCUAGGCACACUUGGCUGCGUGUCAUUCAGAGCUCAAUGGGCUGAAUCUGUUAUGUGGGACUUGGUUGAAGUAGCCUGGUGCUGGCAUCAUGAGCACAGCUUUCAUUAAUAUUUAUCAGCCUGACUUGCUCGUCUUUUCCCCUUUGAGUUGUUUGUUCUUUCAUUAUAGGCAUAGUACUGACCAAAGAAAGCCCGUGUCUUACUGAAAAUGUGUAUUCAAACAAGACUGAGAAUCAUAGAUCUUUUGCGUUUCUUUAAAUUCACAUAAUUAUGGUUUUAUAUGUUUUCUGUAAUUAAAACUUGUUGAAAUACUGAAAGGGCAGAAGCAAUCGAAAAGAUGGAUUUAUUGUGAUUACCCAGAAGUCCUCAGUUCAGGAACAAAGCUGCUCAUAUGCUGGUAUCUUUAAAACCAACCAGCGCGACGUGGUACCUUUGACUGAAAAAGAAACCCCCAUCAGUCUGCUCCGUCGCACUUCGUAUGUGUGGUUCUCAAGCUCUGCAGAAGCCUGAUAACGAGCCAUUCAGAGGAAUCGGGUGCGUUGGAGCGGAGAGACAUCUGAAACAUCAGGACAGUAGGUGUCUCGGACAAGAGCCGAGAGUCACUGAUCU